CUCGAGCGCGCGACCGAUGUCCGUGUUUUCGCGUAAAUUGAAAUCCAACAAGGCGACGAAAUCACCGCCUUCGGCGCCGCCGGUGAAACACGUCGUCGCCCAGUCGGCGCCGUCGCCGUCCGUCGUCACCGCGGGCUUGACGACGCUCCCAACGGUAUUAGAUAAAGCCGGCCCCGCCCUCGUCGCCGCGAGCCGUUUGGCGGCGCAAUCUGAACCCUACGCCGUGGCCACGUUUGAGUUUUGUCGGAAAACCUGGCUCGCGCUGCAACCGUACCACCCGCAAGAGUUUGGACCGGCGAUCGUUGGAUUCAUCCUGUGCUUCUUUGGCGGAUACUUUGCCACGAUCACGGCGGCGGUGGAGGCGUACAGAAUCACCGGCUACGCGAACACUCGAGACGCUUUGGUGAUAAUAUGGCGCAAUAUCGAAGCUGCGCAGCGCGCGAGCUUGAAGGACGAUGAGCUAGAUGAAGACCACAACGGCAUUCCGGAUACGCAAGAGAUUACGAAGAAGGCGUUGGUGGUUCGAAAGAUUGGCGUCGUCGCCAAGAGUAUGGAUCCUGAACAGGUUGGAGAUGCUCUGGGUGCGAUCUACAUGGGGUUCGUGGCCGUCGUGGCUACAUUACGCGUGCAUUUCGCGGCGUGUGUCUCUCUUGGUGUCGCUGUUGGUGACAUCGUGCACAACAUCGUCGAUGAAAAUCUCACCCCCGUGUUGAUGAUGAGCACGCCCAAGGAGUAUCAGAAAUGGGUUGGACCUGGCGUGAGAUAUGCCUGUAAAGUCAUAGGUGUCAUCGCGGCGUGGUUAGUUCAGCAGGCCAUCACCGCGUAUCACUCUGCAACGCGUGGCGCACAACUCUUUGCUCGUGGGCUGUUGACGUAUCUCGUCCGCCACAAGUACCUCGGACCAAACGUCAUCGAUGAAAAAGGAACGGUUUUCAAUUUCGCCAUCUUCGUCCUCGCGAUGACGGGAUUUUGGUCGCAAAUCAUGUACGGCUUCAAGCUUCCGUUUCCGAUCAGCGUCUUUCUCAUCCCGAUCCGCAUGUUAGAGUUUGCCCUUCGCGUGUGCGUGGGCACGAUGCGCGACGGCGGGCGCGCGUGAGCGAACCGGCGAUUGAAUAAACGCUUUAGCGCGAUGACGGCGGCACGCGCUCGACAUCACCGACGAAUCCACACCUAGACGACGCCUACGGUGCGUAUUUUACGAACGAAUACAUUACCAACGGCGCCCAAGCGUCGCGGCGCGGCGCGACGAACCAAAACAAACCAGAAUUCAACCGCCCUUCGCUUCACUUCACUCCUCGCGCGUCGCAUCACCGAGUCAAACGAAACGAAAGCGAACGAAACGAAACAAAACCGAUGGCGCCCGCGACGGGCGCG